AACCCGGAGAGCAAUUUAUUUAAUUUCCCCUUCACGGAUUUAAUUUUUAAUUUGAGCGAGAGCAGGGAAAAAAAAAUUAAAAAGUGAGAGCGAGUGAGCGAAUCGGGGAAAAAAUUAACUCAGCGCCGGCUUGGGAUUCUCAGCAUUCCGGUUCAUUUCUCCCUCUCUAAUUUAAUCACCUUGAUGACUUUUCUUCUCUUUCUGCCCGUGCCCCUCGCCCGCCGGCGCGCACUCCGCUGCCCCGCUCCGCGCUCGCCUCUCGCUCUCCGCGCUCUUUGGCGGCAAGAACGGCAGCUCUCGCCCGGCACCGGGAGAGGCGCGGGCGAGGUGCGGGGCUGCCGGGGGUACAACCGGCCGAAAGUGGGAGGAAAUUCCUGCGGGAGCGGCGGGCUGGACACCGGACACCGCGGUGGCCGGGCGGGCGGGAUGUACGGGCGAGUGGAGUGCGGAGAAGGUCCGGCGGCCGGAGCCCCCGGGCUGCCGGCAUGCUCGCCCCCUCGCCCCGCGGCGCCCUCCCGGGGGGGGGGGGGGGGCACAGCCGAGCCGGGCCGCCUCCCUUUUGUUUCCGCCGCGGGGUGCGGGGUGGCCGUCCCGCCACCCCCCGCUCCCCGCCGCCCCGGGCCGGCGCCGUGCGGGGCUCCGCCGCCCCGACCUCGCCCCGCGCCCGCCCCGCCGCCGCUCCGGCUGGGGCUGGGGCGGGGGAUGGCACCGGGCGGCGAGGGAGCCGAGCCGAGCCGCGCCGCGCCGGCUGCGAUUCCCUCCUCGCCCUCGCCUCGCGUUCUCCCGCUCGCUUACUAUUUUUUGGAAGAUUUUCAAAAAAAAAAAAAAAAAGUGGAAGUGGAUUUUGAUUGGGAAAAAUCUCGUGUCUGAAUGUUUACAAGCACCGCGUGUGCGGGGAGCCUCCUGCCAACAAACACAGGCGAGAGCGAGCCCGGGCUGAGCACACACGCGCGCACACACACACGCACACACACACUCGCACCCUCACACCCGCGAACGGCCCCUUUCUCGCCGCCGCAUUUCAACCCCAAACCAAAUCCGCUCUCCCCGGCAGAGAAUAAACAAACCCCGAGCCCCACCACACCGUUCGCAACAAAAACUCUCCGGCUCCCUCCGUCCCUCCCUCCAGCCGCCACCACACACACCAGGGCUAGAUGCAAGAUAAGCGGGAGCGCUCUUUGCACAACAAAAGGCAACUGGAGCUGGAAAGCCGAACCUCUUGAAGCCAUUCUCACUGAUGACGAACCUGAACAUGGCACAUUGGGAGCUCCGGAAGGGGACCACGACCUCCUCACUUGUGGCCAGUGUCAGAUGAACUUUCCGUUGGGGGACAUUCUUAUUUUUAUUGAGCACAAACGGAAACAAUGCAAUGGCAGUCUCUGCCUAGAGAAGGCUGUGGAUAAGCCACCUUCACCCUCACCAAGUGAGCUGAAAAAAGCAUCCAAUCCUGUGGAGGUUGGCAUCCAGGUUACGCCAGAGGAUGACGAUUGUUUAUCAACGUCAUCUAGAGGAAUUUGCCCUAAACAGGAACAUAUAGCAGGUAAAGAUGAGCCCAGCAGCUACACGUGUACGACUUGUAAACAGCCUUUCAACAGCGCCUGGUUCCUCUUGCAGCACGCACAGAACACGCACGGCUUACGGAUCUACCUAGAAAGCGAGCACGGCAGCCCCCUGACGCCACGGGUUGGUAUCCCAACAGGACUAGGUGCAGAGUGCCCUUCCCAGCCACCUCUCCACGGGAUUCACAUUGCAGACAAUAACCCUUUUAACCUGCUCAGAAUACCCGGCUCGGUCUCGAGGGAGGCGUCAGGGCUGGGAGAAGGGCGUUUCCCACCCACGCCGCCCCUCUUUAGCCCUCCCCCGAGGCACCAUUUGGAUCCGCAUCGCAUUGAGCGCCUGGGUGCGGAAGAAAUGGCUCUGGCCACCCAUCACCCUAGUGCCUUUGACAGGGUGCUGCGACUGAACCCCAUGGCGAUGGAGCCUCCCGCUAUGGAUUUCUCCCGGAGGCUGCGGGAGCUGGCCGGCAACACCUCCAGCCCACCCUUGUCCCCGAGCCGGCCCAGCCCUAUGCAAAGGUUGCUGCAGCCUUUCCAGCCCGGCAGCAAGCCCCCGUUCCUGGCCACACCGCCCCUUCCUCCUCUGCAGUCUGCUCCUCCUCCCUCCCAGCCCCCCAUGAAGUCCAAGUCCUGCGAGUUCUGUGGGAAGACCUUCAAGUUUCAGAGCAACCUGGUGGUCCACCGCCGGAGCCACACGGGGGAGAAGCCCUACAAGUGCAACCUCUGUGACCACGCCUGCACGCAGGCCAGCAAGCUGAAGCGCCACAUGAAGACCCACAUGCACAAGUCCUCCCCCAUGACAGUGAAGUCGGACGACGGGCUCUCCACUGCCAGCUCCCCUGAGCCGGGCACCAGCGACCUGGUGGGCAGCGCCAGCAGUGCCCUCAAGUCCGUGGUGGCCAAGUUCAAGAGUGAGAAUGACCCCAACAUGAUCCCUGAGAAUGGGGAUGAGGAAGAGGAGGAGGAGGAGGAGGAAGAGGAGGAGGAAGAGGAGGAGGAGGAGGAGGACUUGAAUGAGAGCGACAGGCCGGACUAUGGCUUUGGGAUGAGCCUGGAGGCGGCCCGUCACCACGAGAACAAUUCGCGGGCUGGCGAGGAGGGCCGGGCGAUGCCGGACGUCAUGCAGGGCAUGGUGUUGAGCUCCAUGCAGCACUUCAGCGAGGCCUUCCACCAGGUCCUGGGGGAGAAACACAAGCGGGGCCACCUCCCCGAGCCCGAGGUGCACAGGGACACUUGCGACGAAGACUCGGUGGCCGGUGAGUCCGACCGCAUUGACGAGGGGGCCGUCAACGGCCGGGGCUGCUCCCCGGGGGAGUCUGCCUCAGGAGGCCUGUCCAAAAAGCUGCUGCUGGGUAGCCCCAGCUCCCUGAGCCCCUUCUCCAAACGCAUCAAGCUGGAGAAGGAGUUCGACCUGCCGGCCGCCGCCAUGCCCAACACCGAGAACGUUUACUCCCAGUGGCUGGCGGGCUAUGCCGCCUCCCGGCAGCUGAAGGACCCCUUCCUCAGCUUCGGCGACUCCCGACAAUCGCCCUUCGCCUCCUCCUCUGAGCACUCCUCGGAGAACGGCAGCCUGCGCUUCUCCACGCCGCCGGGCGAGCUGGACGGAGGGAUCUCAGGCCGCAGCGGCACAGGAAGCGGAGGGAGCACCCCCCAUAUUAGUGGCCCGGGCCCUGGCAGGCCCAGCUCAAAAGAGGGCAGACGCAGCGACACUUGUGAGUACUGUGGGAAGGUCUUCAAGAACUGUAGUAAUCUCACCGUCCACAGACGGAGCCACACGGGCGAGAGGCCGUAUAAGUGUGAGCUUUGCAACUACGCCUGCGCCCAGAGUAGCAAGCUCACCCGGCACAUGAAAACACACGGGCAGGUGGGAAAGGACGUUUACAAAUGCGAGAUUUGUAAGAUGCCUUUUAGCGUGUACAGUACCCUGGAGAAACACAUGAAAAAAUGGCACAGUGAUCGAGUCUUGAAUAACGAGAUAAAAACUGAAUAGAGGUUCGGCGUACCCCCCCAGCUGGCGCAGCGCCCAGGGAGCCCCGGAUGUCUGGCAGUUUUCGGAUGGAAGUUCAAGAGCACUUAAAUUCUGAAAGGAGGUGAAGCUGGGGCGAGCGGCCGGUGGCGUCUCGGCGUCCGGAGGUGGCCUCUGUCCUGCUGGCUCGCCGCAUCCCCGGGAGAGCCUGAGGAGUCACCCACCGACGGCAGCGCUCCCCGGGCUCCUCCUGCCUGCAAGACUAUCGUAUUUAUAUUUUGUAAUAGAGUACAACACUUCUUUGGGGUUGGUUUUUUGGGGUUUUUUUUUUGUUCAUUGGUUUCUUUUUUCAUUUUCUAAAAACAAACAUGAAAGAAACCCACCCACCACGGUCAAGGGCUUAAUGAUGGCUUCGACUCGCUCAUUUCCCCAUGGAAAAGACUGUCUUGCUCUCUUGGACAACCCGGCCUGUUGGUUAUCCCUGCAAUGUGCCAUUCCUCGGGAGGCACAUCUGAUGUGAUGAAUUAAAAAUAAAGCAAAACACAGUGUAGGUCUGUGGGUGGGUGGGAAAUUGCCAUAAUAAAUGUUGGAGCUUUAGGUUUUGUUUGCUCUGUCUUUAAUUUUUAAUGCUAACAAGGGCCAGACGGCUGGUGUGACUUUGUGUUCCCGUACCGGCUGCAGAAAAGCAAGCGCUGAGUGUUCACCGGGGAUGGUGUUGGCACGAGGGGCUGCCUGGCCCCAGCGGACAGACCUUUCCCGCAGAGCUAGGCCAGGAGUUGGGCUUAAGGCCGGGAACCCUGAGCAGUGCUGAGCCCCCUCUGGCCUUCGGUGAUGCUGACAGGGGGGGCUCUCCCGGCUCCCCUGCAUCGUCCUCGAUGAAUCCAGCUGUUGUGUUGCAUUUCUGCUGUUAGGCUAUGUACUUUAGGGGCUGCUGGGAUCCGUGACGUCCGCUCGUGUCCGUGAGACAAGUGAGGCCAGUGCAGGUUUGGGGAGGGGUGAUAGUUGUGCUCUGGAGACACUGUCAGACAAGGGGAUGCAGAGCCCUGCCCUGAGCUGGGGGAGCUGCUGUCAGGUUGUUGUCCCGGUGUUUCCCAGACUUUGCACCAGGGUCUUGCUCGUCCCUUGGUUGGCACCGAGCACCCACCCAAGGAGUGCCCUGGUUUGGGGCCCAGGCGCGUUGCCGAAUGGAAGAUGGGUUAUGUGUGAGCUUUGUGCCGUCUCUGAUGGGAUUUAUAGGCUGUAGCUGCUCGUGCCUGUGCUGACGAGUGGGAAUGGACCUUAUUUGGUGAAAGAAGCCAGCUGGGUAGUGAGUGGAGUGGUUGGCUGGCCAUGUUGGGCUGCUGGGAUCAGCGGGAUGGAGCCAAGUCAUGGGGAAAGGGCCAGUGGAUUUAUUGGCUUCAUGUAUUAACUUCAGUCUCACUUCUGUUUUAUUCAUCUCCUUGCUUACAAUCCGAGCAAGACCCUCACAUGGGGUGGCUCUCUCCUGGUGAAACAGCUGUAGGGAAAACCAUGUUGCCUUUUCCGUAAGCGGUGGUUGCUCUUUUGCCGUUUAAAACCCCGGCCUGUGGUUUUCUCGUGGUGGCCUGGGCACAGCACAAGCACAGACACUUUGGUACCUUAAAAUUUGGCUGGGGUGGGCAGUAGGAACAUCUCCAAGGAGUGCCACACUGGGAGCCUGGAGGACUUGGUGCACUGGGACACAAAGGGAGCUAUUGCUGCUUCUUCUAAGGUGAAUUGGUCUUUGAGGGCAAACUACCCAAAAGUCUACGCACAGCCUCAGCUCUUUUUAUCACUAGGGGAUGCUUUAAAGGUUCUUCCUAACCCAGCCUGUGCUGCCACCUCUGUGUCUGCUAGUAAGGGUUUUUUAAGCCUUGGAAGGGUGAGUCCCGUUGGAUUAAGCACCUGAUUGAUUGUGAGUGCACCAGUGGUGGAGAGUUAGACACCUGCUCCUGCCCUGGGGAUCUCUACUCCAGGCAGCUGUGUCAGAUCAGGGCUAAUGGAGUUAUUUACUACAAGGGGGUUUCUCUGCUCAUUUCUCUGGACUGCAAGUCAGGACUCACCUGGUCUAUACCUACAGCAGGCUGGGAAGCCAGGGUUCCAGUGUGCCGGGUUCUUCUGGGCGUGUCUGACCCUUGCUUUGUGUGAGCAAAGGCCAAACUCAGUUCAUGGACAUCUUCUGGGGUAGCUGGUUAUGCUUUUGCUGCUCUGCCUGGCGGAACAAGUGUGGUGGGAUCUGCUUUCUCAGUCUGUGGUUUGUCUCUCCUUCAGCAGCAGUGUGGGCAAAGGUUUCUCCCAGGAAAAGCACGAAAUGUCAAAGUGGGGAUGGCUCAAUGUGUUCUGCCAAGCACAGAAGUGAUACCUGAAGUGCUGAAGAUGUAGUCAAAAUAGUCUUUAAAAUGUCUAUUUUUUAAUACCAUUGUUAAACUCUUCCCACACUCUUACAACUUUAAAACAUCUUCAGAAUUUGUGUUGCCUUAAAGUUGCAAACAGGUGCAAUGUCUGUGCUGAGAGUCCCUUGUAAGUCACGGGUGCCUGCCCUGCUCCCGCUCCAGACUCUGCUGAGUUUUGCAGAGCACCAGGACAGCUUCAGCAUGGGGUCUGGUGGAGAUUCCAAAGGGUUUCCACUGCCCUGGGUGCCCUGAGGGAGCUGUGUGCUUUAAUUAAGGGUGUCAUUAGGGUCCUCUUUUUGUCUGACCAGGACUGGCUGAAUCCCCUUGCUUUGUCGGUGCUUGGGAUCACCAGCAGCUUAAUGAGUUUCUGCCAAUUAACAAGAGUCCAAGAUUUCCUGUGAGGGGAGGGCUGGGAACCUGUUAGCCUCAAAGCUGGAGGUUGCUGGUGCAAGAGGGGCAGUAUUCCCAGGUUUUUUGUAUUUAGCAUAUUCUCCAGAUGUUCAUCUGCGCAUCCAAAUUGGAAAUAGGGUAUGGUUGGUCUUUAUUAAAAAAACAAAGCUCCUAAAAUUUUGGGGUUCUUAAUAUAAGAAAAGAUAAAUGUUCUUCCCAGUCCUGGGGAUUGACCUGAACAAGAUUCCUGGGAAUCACCUGGCUUAACUUUGAGGUUUUGGGUUUAAAAAACUGCUUUCAGACUCGGAGAUGAUCUGACUGUGCUGUGUUUGAUUUCUAAGCACACUUUUCCUGACACUAAAAUGCAGCAAAAGUCAAGCCUUUUGUGAAGUCUAGCUUAAAUUUUGCUUUCAAAAUAAAUGUAUAUUUUGAAUUCGUGAUGCAUCUGGGCUGGACUUUUAUGAGAUCUGAGCCUCUACCCAGAAGGGAUCUGAAAAGAGAUUUUGUGAGUGAGUUCCCAAGCAAAACUGCCAAACUCCUUGUGGUUUUUUUUCAAGCCCAGCUUUGUGUUGGGUCCCACUAAGUGACUGUGAGACAAGCAUCCAUCACGGUGUUGGCAGGUGACAACACAACUGUGGCCUCUGGGAGAAGGUGGAGAGCAGCUCCAUCCUCCUUGGGCUGCUGGAGGUUAUUUUACCACCUUUAGCCUGUACUUUGGGUUUGCAUCUCCUUUCUUGUGUGUGUUUGAGCUGUCUGGGUGCUGGUGAGGCCUGGGGUGAGCCUUUACCUGUGGAUUUUUGGCAGUGGGGACCUGCUAAGCAUCACUGCUGUUCCAGGGCUCCCUGUUCUGCUGUGAUGCUUUACCUGACCUCACUGAAAAGUCUUGUUGAGGAGUGAGCUGAACCACCCCACCCCUCAAAAAUGAGAGUGGUGCCUCAUUCCUUCUUUUCUUACUCCCUGCUUCUCCUCCCUCCCAGUCUUCCCAUUUCAGGCAUGGUCAUUCAAUUGUGUGUUGUAUCUGCUACAAGUCAAACAUUGUUGCCCCUCCAUCCCAGUUCUCUCCCCCCAGAAAUCAUCCUCUUUGCAUUCAUCUUCUGCAGGGGUCCAAAUAAUCAAUUGCCUUCCCAAGGCAAGACGGAGUUGCAGGGGGCACAACAGCAACAAAAUAAAACCCCUAAACCCAGAAUAUGGCCCUUACUCCUUAAUCUCGCUGGAUAGAGUUACACAUCUGCUAGAGGCUUGUUCGUUGUUGCCAUUACUUUUAUUGCGUCUUUAGCAGUGAUGAAGUUCAGAUGGCAGAACCAGUGGGCCCCAAUUUAAUUUCGCCUGGCCCCCUGUAAUGAGCACGAUGUGAUCCCUGGGAAUGCCGCCUGGGCCGCGGUUCUGUGGCCGUGGGCAGGCAAAACCCCACGGAGAGGGUGGGAGGAGGGGGAAGAUCUGGAACUGGGGAUGGUAACAGGUGGGUGGAGGUGCCUGUGCUGUGUGAGCAUCACGUUCUGCAGUGAGGGGGGUGGAUGGACAGGUGGUUUCUCCUAUCAAAACCCACAUGAGGCGGAUUCCCACCUUUUUUGGUGGCUGGGGUGUGUGUUCCACAAUGCUUUCUGAGGUCGGUCCAGCCCUCAUGGCUUUUCCCUGGCAAUUUCCAUGACCCUCUAGGUUUCCAGUGGUGAUGUACAGAAGCUCCCACCUCUCCCCAAAUGUCUGCAUGUGUCUAAGGGCUAUACAGGACUCAUUUACGGGCCUCCCGUCGGUGGGAUAUGUGCAUGCAAAAUGAAGGUUGUAUUUGGCUUCUCAUAUUCGGAUCUAUAUUCCAUAUUGUGUUGACCAAGAAAAACACCUCAGCCCCUGUGCUGAAGAAUGUGAUGGACUGAUGACUUUCAGAAACGUACUGUAAAUCAAGGAGGCUAAUAAAUACUUGCUAUUAA